AUGGCAUUACGCAAAGAUUUACAUUUUUACCUCUUUGUCUUGAUUAAUGUGGCUUAUGGAAGUCUUGAAAUCAGCCGAAAAAUAAACUAUGGAACAUAUGAUAAUUACAUUCCAGUCAGUGAAUUAAGCAAAAAAUCAUGGAAUCAGCAACAUUUUGCCCUGGCAUUUCCAAAACCACCUCGGCCAGGAAAAAAAAAGAGAUCAAGACCUUCCGAAUUACAAGAAAAGGUAAGUAUUAAAAACAAAUAUGGUGAAGAAAAUGUAAGGCAAGGUCAAAGACGACCAUUAUGGAUGCAUCGUUCCCUAAUGACAAUAUCCGAGAGACCAUCUGUUUACUUAGCUUCCAGGAGGCAGUCCUCAUACAAGCCAACUUAUACCUCCAUGGAUUCCAAAGGAUCUGAUGCAGAGAAAUAUUUAACUCCAGAUAUGGACAAGAAAGUUAAAGAAGGCAAGAAAGCAUCCAAAAAGGACAAAUCAGAUUCAGAAACAGAACUCACAGUUUUAAAGGAAUCAAAAAAAAAGAAAGGCAAGGAUGUGGAUAUAGAAUCUGGAGACGAAAUUGAUGUUGCAAAAACAGAUUCCAAGAAAGUCAAGGGAAAAGAUACAGACACUGAAAGUGAAAUAGGAAGUGGAAAAAAAGAUUCCAAGAAAGUCAAGGGAAAAGAUACAGACACUGAAAGUGAAAUAGGAAGUGGAAAAAAAGAUUCCAAGAAGGUCAAGGGAAAAGAUACAGACACUGAAAGUGAAAAAGGAAGUAGAAAAAGGGAUUCCAAGAAAGAAUCAAAAAAGGUCAAGGGAAAAGAUACAGACACUGAAAGUGAAAAAGGAAGUGGAAAAGUAAAAGAUACAGAUACUGAAAGUGAAAAAGAAAGUGGAAAAAAAGAUUCCAAAAAAGAUUCAAAGAAACUCAAGGGAAAAGAUACAGAUACUGAAAAUACUGAAAGUGAAAAAGAAAGUGGAAAAAAAGAUUCCAAAAAAGAUUCAAAGAAACUCAAGGGAAAAGAUACAGAUACUGAAAGUGAAAAAGGAAGUGGUAAAAAGGAUGCCAAGAAAGAUUCAAAAAAGGUCAAGGGAAAAGAUACAGAUACUGACAGUGAAAAAGGAGAUGUACAAAAAGAUUCCAAGAAAGAAAAGAAAGAUUCAAAGAAAGUCAAGAGUACAAGUUCAGAUACUGAAAGUGUAAAAGGAGAUGUGAAGAUAGAUGCCAAGAAAGAUAAGAAAGAUUUAAAGAAGGGCAAAGGUACAAGUACAGAUACUGAAAGUGAAAAAGGAGAUAGAAAAGAGGUUAGCAAAAAAGACAAGAAAGAUUCAAAGAAAAGCAAGGAUUUAGUUAUCAAAACUGACAAAGGAGAAGCAAAGAAAGAUUCAGCCACAUCAUCUGAAACUGGUAAAGAAGAUGCAAAGAAGGAUAAGGGUGGAAAAAAGAAUAAAAAAGAUUCAAAGAAGCAAGAUGAGAAAGAUAAGAAAUCAAAGGAGGAGUCAAAGAAAGAAUCAAAGAAGGAGUCAAAGAAAAGUACCAAAAAAGAUAAGAAAAAUGAAAAGAAGCCCAGUGAGGCAGACAUUGCAGCAAAGGUUGGUUCCAAGAAAGAGUCCAAGAAAGCUUCCCAAAAAGAUGUUAAAAAAGAUGCUAAGGAAGAUACCAAGAAAGAAAUUGACACCGAAUCUGCUGAAUCAAAGAAGAGUUCAGAGAAGGAUGCAAAGAAGAAGAGAAAGAGGAAGAAGAAGAAGAAGGAAAAAAAAAGCAAAUGA